CACCACACCCAGGACACCCUUCCCUGCCUCCUGGGCUAUAAAGGGCGCCGCUGGCACACUCCCCUCCCUACUGCACCCUCAGCUCUUCCUCUGCUGCCAGCCAACCUUCUCUAGCCAACAUGGCCUUCAUGCCUGCUCCUGGCUAUCAACCCUGCUAUAACCCGACUCUCCCGUACUGUAGAGAGAUCCCCGGGGGGCUGCGCCUGGGCAUGUCGGUCUACAUCCAAGGAGUGGCCAAUGACCACAUGAAGAGGUUCAGCGUGAACUUUUCGACGGGGCCUGAGUCUGGGAGCGACAUCGUCUUCCACUUCAACCCAAGAUUCGACGGGUGGGACAAGGUGGUUUUCAACUCGAUGCAGAGCGGCCGCUGGGGGUCGGAGGAGAAGAAGAAGAGCAUGCCCUUCCGGAAGGGGGAGCCCUUCGAGCUGGUCAUCAUGGUCAUGAGCGAGCACUACAAGGUGGUGGUCAACGGCAGCCCCUUCUAUGAGUACGGACACCGGAUGCCUCUCCAGAUGGCCACCCAUCUGCAAGUGGAUGGAGACCUGCAGCUUCAUUCCAUCAAUUUCCUCGGAGGUGGCCCGGCCCCCGGCCAGAUGCCCAUGACAAUCCCAGCUUACCCAGGCCCAGGAGCCACUCACUCGAAGCCGCCACUACCGUCCAUGGACGGGCCACCAGUUUUCAAUCCGCCCGUGCCAUUUUGGGGACGGAUUCAGGGUGGCCUCACACCCCGAAAAACCAUCGUGAUCAAGGGGCAGGUGUCCCAGCGGGCCGACAGUUUCACCAUCAACCUCAAGGUGGCCAGUUCAGGGGACCUGGCCCUGCACAUUAACCCCCGGAUGUCCGAAGGUGCCGUGGUCCGCAACACCAUGUUGGGAGGAAAAUGGGGGAAAGAGGAGCGCAAUAUGAACUUCAGAAACCCAUUCAUUCGGGGCCAUUUCUUUGAUCUGUCCAUCCGCUGUGGUCAGGAUCGCUUUAAGGUCUUUGCCAACGGAGAGCACAUCUUCGAUUUCCAACACCAACUCACGGCCUUCCACCAAGUGGACACAGUGGAGAUCCUGGGAGACUUGACCCUGUCCUACGUGCAGAUCUGAGCCAGUGAUGCUGCAAGGAGAUGGGGGCAGCAAGCGCGGAAACCCCAAUGCAGACCGACCCCCAAACAGGCUCCUAGAAUGUGUUCAGGAGCGCAUUG